CAGACGGCCAAGGCAAGCCAGCCAAUCAGAACAAAGCAAUUGGCAGUCCGGGCGGUUUUCGCUUACCCGAUUUUUGCGAGAGCUCCAACGUCGCGCGAUUGUCGACUCGACGUCAAACCCCCGACCUUUUGCCAUUGACACUCGCUCGCCGCCCCCCUUACGGCACACUAUAUUGACAAUGGGUUUCUGGGACACGAUAACCGAUCUCGUCGAGGCCGCCACCCCCUGGGCCACGGCCGACGCCGAGGCCCCCGCCAAGGAGAUUUCCGACGAGAGCACCGUCGAAGGCUCCAAGGAGGAGGAGGCCAGCACCGAGGCCGCCGAGUCGGCCGCCGCCGAGGAACCCGCUGCUGCUGAGGAGGAGGAGCCUGCCGCUGAGGAGGAGGCGGAGGAAGAGGAGGAAGAAGAGGAGGAGGAGGUUGUUGACCCCAAGGAGAAGCUCGAGGAAGAGUGCCGGAAUUCCAAGCAGUGCGCCCCUGCCAAACAUCACUUUGACGAGUGUGUCGAGCGUGUCACCAACGCCGAGGCCGAAGGCGGCGCCAAGGAGGACUGCGUUGAGGAGUUCUUCCACCUCGCCCAUUGCGCGACCCAGUGCGCUGCCCCGAAGCUCUGGUCCAUCCUCAAAUAAGCCAACAACCUUCCCACGAUGUACCCGCCUUUCAAUCGGCAAAUGAGUGGAGCCAGCGUCGCCUCAGGACAUGGUUGAAGCGUUUUCUCGUGGCAGGCUUGGCUUCAAUAGAUGGGGGGUGUUGCUAUAGACGGAAUGAGGAG